AUGUCCAGGAUGACGACCAGGAACGGGGGAGUCCGUACCACUGAUAAUGCUGCUGGUGCUACCCUGGAUAAGACUAAGGAGACCCCAGUGGUUGUGGACGCUUCCGUUUCCUCGGCUGUUAAGCGUACGGCUGACUUGUUCACGGAGGCCGAUAAGGAAGCUUUUCAACCUGUUGGGUCGGCACAUGAGGUCAGGGAGGCAGCCUGCGAUUUGCUCAACGCAAGCAACGGAGGAAAGCUGCCGACAACGGAUAAUGGCGUCAAGCCUGUUGUUCCCAGCGGAAGUACCGGCACUAACCUGCAUGCAGCGAAGGAUGCGGCGUCAAAUAUCCCACCGCAGGGUGUGGAUGACGAAGAGGACGAUGGUUAUCUCAGUGAUGAUCCAGAAGAACGCUACGAUGCGCAGGCGAAGAGCGAUGUCGCGCAGCGGGUUCGCUUCGCUAUCGUCCUGUUGAUCCCGAUCGCCUUCAAGCCGGAGACCACGCGUGUGCAGGCGACUCUUCGCGCGCUCUUCAACGUGUGGAAGAAAGACCUGAACAUGGAGAUUCAGGCAACGACGAAGUUUCAGGAGUUGUCGGCGGUGUUCCUGAACAAGAAGCAGUACUGGAGGCUGCAGGUUACCUUUGAUCGGGCUAGUGACGCCAACUUCGUGUGGAAGCAUGGGAUUGUGCACACCUGCGUUGACGGGAAGCGGAUCAACCUGGACUGGCAGCACCCGGCGGAUCCGGCUUACGUGAAGGCGCGUGCGGCUGAUCCGCUGCUGGUUGAAGUGUUGUUUAAGGGGGUGGACGCGGUGAUUACGCCGGAGAUGCUCUGCGACAUGCUGGUGAUGGUGAAGCUGGAAAAGCGCGGCCGCUCGGCUUUCAAGGAAGCCGCCUCAGUCAGACUCACAGAUCUGACCAGGCUCAUACUGAAAGACCCCGCCGUGGUGUUGAUUUCGACCGGGGGGAAUCGCGAGGAGUGGAUCUGCGUCCAGGAGAACUGCGAGAAGGCGAAUGGGGUGACCUUCGCACAGGCUGCGGAACAUGUGGUCUCUCAGCGGCACAGCGAUGGUCUGGUGUCAGGCUUGGCAACACGCAGCUCCAAAGCAGGGGUCAACCUGACCGCGGCGAAGAAGGAGUUCGGUGUGUGA